AUGGUCCAACAGAGAAAAAGACAAAAAAAAAGCAAAGACAGCAGUUUAGGUCACCAGCAGAACCAGCAACAAAAACAACAGCAGCAGCAUCAGCAGCAGCAGCAGCAUCACCAUCACCACCACCACCAGCAGCAGCAUCACCAGCAGCAGCAGCAACAGCAGCAGCAGCAACAGCAGCAGCAGCAGCAUCAGCAACAGCAGCAGCAACAGCAGCAGCAGAACCAGCAACACCACCACAACCACCAGCAGCACCAUCACAACCACCAGCAGCAGCAGCAACAGCAGCACCAUCACCACCACCACCAGCAGCAGCAGCAACAGCAGCAACAGCAGCAGCAGCAGCAGCAGCAGCAGCAGCAGCAGCAACAACAAACCUGUGACGAUAUUUCCUACGGCUCGAAGUGCUGGCGUCUGCACCAACGUAGAGUGGUAGCUCAGCAAAUCCACCAAACGUGCACAUACACCUGA